AUGUCGUCUGAGAAAACAUCCGCCUUCUCUGAGCCGAGCUACGCCAAGUCUGACAAGGCAAAAACCGAUUAUCCAUGGUAUUCUCCUAACAUUGACAAAUAUCUGGUCCCAGAAACGCAAAAGCUGCUAGAGGAGUAUAGUAAAAUACCCCGGGACAAGCAGUCGGAACAUGUGCAUGAGAUGCGUGACCAAGCGUGGGCUAUUCGCUCCUAUCCUUGCACUGGACUAGGGGUCUGGCUUGUGCCAUUCAUUUCAACCCUUCCAGCCUAUCCCACACUUCUCGAACGUCUGAAAGGCACCUCCAACGGCGGUAGUGGUGAAAGACUGAUUGAUAUUGGCUGUUUUCUUGGCAGCGAUCUACGCCGUCUCGCAUUUGACGGUGCGCCCACGGAGAAUCUGUACGGAGUCGACAUUGUCAGUCACUGGGACGUGGGCUUCGCUCUCUAUCGUGACCAGGAUACGUUCAAAGCGCAUUUUAUUGAAGGCGACAUGCUCUCGAUCAACGAAGAUCCUGAUGCUGGUAGUGGUGAAACCACACCCUUACAAGCCCUUUGCGGCACAGCAGACAUUGUCUCAAUUUCGGCAGUGCUUCACCAAUGGGACUGGGAGGAUCAAAUAAAAGCUGCAAAAAAAGUGGCUGCUUUAACGAAAGGACCAGAUGCUUUGGUAGUUGGUUAUCAGAUUGGAAAUGUUGAAGCCAAGCAGAUAUGGAAUAAAGCACUGCAAUUGCAUCAUUGGAGACACACGCCAGAGUCGUUUGCAAAAUUCUGGGAUCAGGUUGGGGCUGAGACAGGCACGGCGUGGAAGACAGAGGGCAAAUUGUUGUCCUUUGAGGAGAUGGGUUGGGAUCCUGAGGAUAAUAGGUGGAUGGAGCCUGGGGAUAAGGCGCUCAAUUUUGUCGUUACGAGGUUGAAGUAG